AUGGAUUCGAAUAUCUUCCGGAUCGUGUCGCAGUACCACCAGCGACUCGCCGGAGUAACUUUGCCCAAGAUUGCGCAGACCAAGUACUCUUUGCUAGCAUUUGAUGGUUUGAGUGAUUGGAAGCGUCUUAGUCCGAGACUCAAAGAACAUGAGAGAAGCGUCGAGCAUUUUACAAACAUGAAUACAUGGAAUGAACUAAGGUCGAGAUUGAGCAAAAAUAAAACGAUUGAUGCUGAUAUGCAACGAGAGAUUGCAAAGGAAAAGGAGCGUUGGAGACAGGUAUUGCAAAGAAUAAUUUCAGCAGUCAAGUUUCUUGCAAAACGUAAUUUGGCAUUUCGAGGAUCAAUUGAGAAGUUGUAUCAUGAUAGUAACGAUGCCGUGAAAAAGGUUAUCUUAAAGAUCAUCAAGGAUGCAAAGUACUUCUCUGUUAUCUUGGACUGUACCCCGGAUGUUAGUCAUGAAGAGCAAAUGACACUCAUUGUGCGUUGUGUCAACCUAUCAAGUAACAUUCCGAGAGUGGAAGAGUUUUUCCUAGAGUUCUUGAAGGUUGAUGACACAUCAGGUUUGGGGCUUUUUAAUGUACUGCUGGAUAUACUUGAUUCUCUUGAUUUGGAUGUUGCUAAUGUGAGAGGGCAAGUUGUUGAUGCUGCAAUUGCUUCACUGGAGGAUCGGUUUGAGCAGUUGAACGCAUUUGCAAAGGUUCUCCAAGUAACAUUGCCGGAUGAUUUGUCGGCGCUUGAGAUUCUUCAGUUCGUUACAACUGCUGAUUGCUAUCCAAAUGUGUCGGUUGCAUAUCGCAUCCUCUUGACUAUACACUGUGAUCGUAGCCUCGAGCUGAAAGAAGUUUCUCUAAGCUGA